CGGAAUUGUGGGCGACUCGGCUAAUGGCGUCGGCGAGUCUGGGGGCCCUGGGGAGCCGAAGCUGACGAUUCUUGCCAGGUUGGCUGGUGACGCCCGGUGUGGCCGGGCCCCGCGGCAGCGGGAGGGAGCUGCCCGCCUUGUGGGCUCCUCGGCCAGAGCCGGAGGAGCCUAGCGAGGCGGGGCGACUGCGGGAUUUCCUCCGAGAGGAGCCGGAGGUUUUGCGAGGAGGCUGCGGGGGGCGCUCGGACACGCUCCGAGUUCGCAGCUCAGGCCCGGCAGAACCCCUGAGGAGCCCAAGGAGCGGGCUACGUAAGGGCCAGAAGCGCGGAGAGGGAGCUGCCUGUCGUCCCAAGGAGCUGACAGUGCCGGAGCUUGUUUGUGCCUCUCAGAAAUUGGCUCGGACCUUGGAGGAUCAUGUCUGGCACCAACAGCCCCGAGGCAGUGAAGAAGCUGCUGGAGAAUAUGCAGAGCGACUUGAGGGCCUUGUCACUGGAGUGUAAGAAGAAAUUCCCACCUGUCAAGGAGGCUGCUGAAUCAGGAAUAAUAAAAGUUAAAACAAUAGCUGCACGAAACACCGAAAUUUUGGCAGCACUGAAAGACAACAGCUCAGAGGUUGUACAGCCUUUUCUAAUGGGUUGUGGAACCAAGGAACCGAAGAUCACUCAGCUCUGUUUGGCUGCUAUUCAGAGACUCAUGUCACAUGAAGUCGUGUCUGAGACUGCAGCUGGAAAUAUAAUUAACAUGCUUUGGCAGCUAAUGGAAAAUAGUCUUGAAGAACUUAAGCUACUUCAAACAGUUCUAGUUCUUUUAACAACCAAUACAGUAGUUCAUGACGAGGCACUUUCUAAGGCAAUUGUUCUUUGUUUUCGACUACACUUCACAAAAGAUAAUAUUACAAAUAAUACAGCCGCUGCUACAGUGCGACAAGUUGUUACUGUUGUUUUUGAGAGGAUGGUUGCUGAAGAUGAACGACACAGAGAUAUUAUAGAACAACCAGUACUAGUCCAAGGAAAUAGUAACAGAAGAUCUGUCAGUACCCUCAAACCUUGUGCUAAGGAUGCAUAUAUGCUUUUUCAGGACCUGUGUCAGUUGGUUAAUGCCGAUGCCCCUUACUGGCUAGUAGGCAUGACAGAAAUGACUCGAACAUUUGGCCUCGAAUUACUUGAGUCAGUCUUGAAUGAUUUUCCACAAGUCUUUUUACAACACCAGGAAUUUAGUUUCCUCCUCAAAGAAAGGGUAUGUCCUCUUGUGAUAAAGCUCUUUUCUCCAAAUAUAAAAUUCAGACAAGGUUCCAGCACUUCAUCUUCUCCAGCACCAGUUGAAAAACCAUAUUUUCCUAUCUGCAUGCGCUUGCUGAGAGUAGUAUCUGUUCUGAUUAAGCAGUUUUACAGUCUUUUGGUAACUGAAUGUGAGAUAUUUCUGUCACUUCUGGUGAAAUUUCUGGAUGCAGAUAAACCACAGUGGCUACGAGCUGUUGCAGUGGAAUCAAUACACAGACUCUGUGUGCAGCCUCAGCUAUUAAGGUCAUUUUGUCAGUCCUAUGAUAUGAAACAGCAUUCUACCAAGGUUUUUCGUGAUAUUGUGAACGCACUGGGGUCUUUUAUCCAGUCCUUGUUUCUUGUCCCUCCUACUGGAAAUCCUGCUACAACCAACCAACCUGGGAACAAUAAUUCAGGUAGCUCAGUCUCAGCACCAGCUAACUCAGGAAUGGUGGGGAUUGGUGGAGGUGUUACUUUGCUACCAGCAUUUGAAUAUCGAGGAACUUGGAUACCUAUUCUAACUAUAACAGUUCAAGGCAGUGCUAAAGCAACCUACCUAGAAAUGUUGGACAAAGUUGAGCCCCCAACUAUACCAGAAGGUUAUGCCAUGUCUGUGGCAUUCCAUUGUUUGCUAGACCUUGUUCGUGGAAUCACUAGUAUGAUCGAAGGAGAGUUAGGAGAGAUUGAAACAGAAUGUCAAACUACCACUGAAGAAGCUUCUUCACCAACACAGUCAUCAGAACAGCAAGAUUUACAGUCAACAUCAGACCAAAUGGAUAAGGAAAUAGUUAGCAGAGCUGUUUGGGAAGAAAUGGUGAAUGCCUGCUGGUGUGGUCUUCUUGCUGCACUCUCACUCCUUCUUGAUGCCAGUACCGCAUAUUCCAUUCAGGGCCAAAGUGUUAUGAUGAUAAGCCCAUCAAGUGAGUCUCACCAGCAAGUUGUGGCAGUGGGUCAACCUCUAGCAGUCCAGCCUCAAGGGACAGUAAUGCUAACUUCCAAAAAUAUCCAGUGUAUGAGGACUUUACUUAACUUGGCACACUGCCAUGGGGCGGUUCUUGGAACAUCAUGGCAACUUGUCUUGGCAACUCUUCAGCAUCUUGUAUGGAUUCUGGGAUUAAAACCUAGUAGUGGUGGUGCCUUGAAACCUGGGCGAGCUGUAGAAGGACCCAGUACAGUUCUAACAACAGCAGUGAUGACAGAUUUACCAGUGAUUUCCAAUAUACUUUCAAGAUUGUUUGAAAGCUCACAGUAUCUUGAUGACGUAUCAUUGCAUCAUUUAAUAAAUGCACUUUGCUCCUUAUCUCUAGAAGCAAUGGAUAUGGCCUAUGGAAAUAAUAAGGAACCAUCUCUUUUUGCUGUUGCCAAAUUGUUAGAAACUGGUCUAGUUAAUAUGCACCGAAUAGAAAUUUUAUGGAGACCUCUAACUGGCCAUCUACUUGAGGUAUGCCAGCAUCCAAACUCUCGAAUGAGAGAAUGGGGAGCAGAAGCUUUAACUUCACUUAUUAAAGCAGGAUUAACAUUUAACCAUGAUCCUCCACUUUCACAAAACCAGAGGCUGCAGUUGCUUUUAUUGAACCCAUUAAAGGAGAUGUCCACUAUUAACCAUCCAGAUAUUCGACUCAAGCAACUAGAAUGUGUGCUGCAGAUUCUACAGAGUCAGGGAGACAGUCUUGGGCCUGGAUGGCCAUUAGUGCUUGGUGUCAUGGGAGCAAUUAGAAAUGAUCAAGGAGAAUCCUUGAUAAGAACUGCAUUCCAGUGUCUUCAGUUGGUUGUGACAGAUUUUCUACCAACAAUGCCUUGCACUUGCCUGCAAAUAGUUGUAGAUGUUGCAGGUAGCUUUGGUCUUCAUAACCAAGAACUUAAUAUUAGUUUAACUUCAAUAGGUUUAUUGUGGAAUAUUUCAGAUUAUUUUUUCCAAAGAGGGGAAACUAUUGAAAAAGAAUUAAAUAAGGAAGAGGCAGCACAGCAAAAGCAGGCAGAAGAGAAAGGAGUGGUUUUAAAUCGGCCAUUUCAUCCCGCACCACCAUUUGAUUGCUUGUGGUUAUGUCUUUAUGCAAAAUUGGGUGAACUAUGUGUGGAUCCCCGUCCUGCUGUCAGGAAGAGUGCAGGGCAAACUCUGUUUUCUACAAUUGGUGCACAUGGAACUUUAUUACAGCAUUCAACCUGGCAUACUGUUAUUUGGAAGGUACUCUUUCAUCUACUGGACCGAGUUCGAGAGUCCUCUACCACUGCAGACAAAGAAAAGAUUGAGUCUGGAGGUGGCAAUAUUCUCAUUCAUCAUUCAAGGGACACAGCAGAGAAGCAAUGGGCUGAGACAUGGGUAUUAACAUUGGCUGGAGUAGCAAGAAUCUUCAACACUAGAAGAUAUUUAUUGCAACCUUUAGGAGAUUUUUCAAGAGCUUGGGAUGUUCUUCUUGACCAUAUACAGUCAGCAGCACUCAGCAAAAACAAUGAAGUAUCUCUGGCUGCUCUGAAAAGCUUCCAGGAAAUUUUACAAAUUGUAUCCCCUGUCAGAGACUCAGAUAAGCCUGAGACACCACCUGUAGUUAAUGUACCUGUGCCUGUUCUUAUAGGCUCCAUAUCAGGUCCUGGCCUGAGUAGGCCAUUUGUAAGAACAGACUCAAUUGGAGAAAGACUUGGAAGAUAUAGUAGCUCUGAGCCACCCGUAGUUACUGAUGAGCUUGAAGAUUUAAAUCUCUGGUGGGCUGCAUGGAAUACUUGGUAUAGAAUUGGAUCUGAAAGCACGAAGCCUCCGAUUACUUUUGAUAAACUAACUUUCAUUCCCAGCCAACCUUUUCUUACAGCUUUAAUUCAGAUAUUUCCAGCUCUCUACCAACACAUAAAAACUGGUUUCAACAUGGAUGACUUGCAAAAGCUGGGAGUCAUAUUACACAGUGCUAUUUCGGUCCCAAUAAGUUCAGAUGCAUCCCCUUUUAUUCUUCCAUCUUAUACUGAAGCAGUUUUGACAAGUUUACAGGAGGCUGUACUUACAGCUUUAGAUGUUCUCCAAAAGGCCAUCUGUGUAGGACCAGAAAACAUGCAAAUAAUGUAUCCAGCUAUAUUUGACCAGUUACUGGCAUUUGUAGAAUUCUCCUGUAAACCUCCACAGUAUGGACAGCUGGAAACAAAGCACAUAGCAAAUGCAAAAUAUAAUCAGAUCCAACUAUUUGCACCGGCGGAAUGGGUAGCCUUGAACUAUGUACCGUUUGCUGAAAGGUCUUUAGAAGUGGUUGUGGAUUUGUACCAAAAAACAGCCUGUCACAAAGCAGUGGUGAAUGAGAAAGUGCUCCAGAAUAUUAUUAAGACUCUUAGGGUUCCUCUCAGUUUGAAGUAUUCCUGCCCUUCUGAAAGCACAUGGAAACUAGCAGUAUCUUCUCUCCUCAAAGUUCUUUCUAUUGGGUUGCCUGUUGCCCGGCAGCAUGCUUCUUCUGGAAAAUUUGACAGUAUGUGGCCAGAACUAGCCAAUACUUUUGAAGACUUUCUCUUUACUAAAAGCAUACCUCCAGAUAAUCUCUCUAUUCAAGAGUUUCAAAGAAAUGAAAGUAUUGAUGUUGAGGUAGUUCAGCUUAUCAGCACUGAGAUACUACCUUAUGCCAAUUUUAUUCCUAAGGAAUUUGUUGGUCAGAUAAUGACUAUGCUUAACAAGGGCUCAAUACAUUCUCAGUCGUCUUCAUUUACAGAAGCAGAGAUUGAUAUUCGUUUGAGAGAGGAGUUUUCUAAAAUGUGUUUUGAAACAUUGCUUCAGUUUUCCUUCAGUAAUAAAGUCACAACACCUCAAGAAGGCUACAUCUCACGAAUGGCACUCUCAGUGCUUUUAAAGAGGUCCCAAGAUGUACUACACCGCUAUAUUGAAGAUGAAAGAUUAAGUGGUAAAUGCCCUCUUCCAAGGCAACAAGUAACAGAAAUCAUAUUUGUUUUAAAAGCAGUCAGUACUCUGAUUGAUUCACUUAAGAAAACUCAGCCUGAGAAUGUUGAUGGAAAUACCUGGGCACAAGUAAUUGCCUUAUACCCAACUUUAGUAGAAUGCAUCACCUGCUCUUCUUCAGAAGUCUGUUCUGCACUUAAAGAGGCACUAGUUCCCUUUAAGGAUUUCAUGCAACCACCAGCAUCCAGAGUUCAAAAUGGGGAAUCUUGACCAGCUACAAUAUAUUUGAAGGAAGAAAGAUAUCGUAAAGAAUGUUUGCUCCUAAGUGAGUCUUCUGUGAGAAGGACAUUUCUUACUACAAAUAAUUCUUGGCAGCUGUUGUUGGCCUCCUUUAAAUUGUACUUACCUGGGUUCAGUAAUUCAUAUGACAAGCUUACACAUCAACAAAGGCUCUUGAAUGAGUAGCAGUGUAAGCUUUUAAUAAAUUAAACUGGUGGGAGGAAUAGUUAAUACUACAAUAUACCUGCUACUAUGUCUUCAGUUGGUGAUUUAAAAGUGAGCUUAUGUACAGUUUGUGGGGUAUGUGUUAAUGAUGUACUUUUUAAAAAGAAAGAAAAGAUAUUUCAAUUCAGUCAGAUUUAUUAGGCUGGUGUUUUUGCACCCUUUUUCAAGUACAAAAUUGUACUAGAAUUUUAUGCAAGAUGGUACUGUAACAUUCCAUAUUAUCUAUAACCAGCCUUUGUAAACAAAGGGAACUGAUAUACUUGUGUGUAUAAUAAAUGGUACAGUUCUGUA